AUGAUUUUUGUGUUUCGACGGGACGGCAUGGUCCAUAUUUAUGACCUUCAAGGUGGCCAAUGGGUGACAGGCUUCCAAGCAGCUGCUGAUACUGUCAACGGCUUCUCCUUCCAUCCAUACCUUCCUCUUGCUACAACAUCGGCUAGGCACAGAAGAUUUGGUAUGCAAGAUGAAUUUGAAGAGGAAUCGAGUUUGGCAGGUGAUGAGAACUGCUGCUCUGUCUGGAAGUUUUCUUGCUCACAAGAAUCUUGAGACAACAUCAAACCCUGAGCUGUGGUGGGACAGGUGAACAUUUUGGACAGCAGAUGCUGGAAGUGCAUGGUGUAAUGAGAUCGGGC